GACAUGAGGGGCCCCAGGUUCAGACACAAAGAGGAGCUAUGGAGACUGGAGAAGUCUGUGAGCAGGUGAGAGAGGGACACUGUCUGCCCCACUGUCCAGCGACACCAUGAGCUGGAGCUUCCUCACGCGACUGCUGGAGGAAAUCCACAACCACUCCACCUUCGUAGGGAAGCUGUGGCUCACCGUGCUCAUUGUCUUCCGCAUCGUCCUCACCGCGGUCGGGGGAGAGUCCAUCUACUACGACGAGCAGAGCAAGUUUGUGUGUAACUCGGGGCAACCGGGCUGCGAAAAUGUGUGUUACGACGCUUUUGCCCCCCUGUCACAUGUACGCUUUUGGGUCUUCCAGAUCAUCUUGGUUGCUAUGCCUUCGCUCAUCUACAUGGGGUACGCCAUUAACAAGAUAGCGAGAUUGGAAGAGGCGAAAGGAGGGAGCGGGGCAACGGCAGUUAGGGUCGCAGGGGGUUACACGCACAGGAAGCCGAGGAAGAUUUGUUUUGGGGCGAGACAGCAUCGCGGUAUAGAGGAGACAGAAGAAGAUCAAGAAGAUGACCCAAUGAUCUAUGAAGUACCAGAGAUCGAACCUCCCAAAAGACCUAGAGACCCUUUACAGCCAACUCCCAGACCCAAAAUCCGCCAUGACGGUCGAAGGAGAAUCAGAGAUGAAGGUUUGAUGCGAGUUUACGUUCUUCAACUUGUGACCAGGACAGUUCUAGAGGCUGGCUUUCUUGCAGGUCAGUAUCUACUCUACGGUUUCAGGGUGAAGCCAAUUUUCGUGUGCUCCGGUAACCCCUGUCCGCAUAGCGUUGAUUGUUUCGUAUCUCGUCCAACUGAGAAAACAAUCUUCCUUCGGAUCAUGUACGGCGUUACCAUCCUCUGCCUCACUUUAAACGUUUGGGAGAUGCUACAUUUAGGCAUCGGAUCGAUUUGCGAUAUUAUCCGUAAACGGCGUACCCCACCACCAGAAGAUGAGUACCAGUUGGGCCUCUUGGGUUCAAAUACAAACGUCGAUGGUUCGGUCGGCGUUCCUGGUCCUGAAACUGGAUCAGACGCGGGCGUAGGCGGGGACGGACCAGCUGAUUACGUCGGUUACCCCUUUUCCUGGAACACCCCGUCGGCUCCCCCCGGCUACAACAUAGUGGUAAAGCCGGAACAGAUGCCCUACACGGACUUGAGCAACGCUAAAAUGGCGUGCAAACAAAACCGCGCCAACAUCGCCCAAGAGGAGCAGCAACAGUUCGGGAGCAAUGAGGACAAUUUUCCGAGUACAGGGGGGUCCCGGGUGGGGCUGAACAAAGACAUGAUCCAGCACGCCCACGAGCAACUGGAAGCUGCUAUACAGGCCUACAGCCAGCAGCACCAAGCCGGGGAGGAGGAACCAGAGCAGGCGGGGGACAGCCAGGACGAUAAACCCCAAAGCAAUAUCAUUAUCCAGGCACAACCGCAGCCCCAAACCCAGGCCCCGAAAGACAAAAAACAUAGACUCAAACACACUAGUAAAGGGGGCAGCAGUGGCGGAUGCAGUAGUAGUAAUAGUAGUAGUAGUAAAUCGGCAGAAGGGAAGCCGUCUGUGUGGAUUUGA